AUGGACAAGAGUUGGAUUGCAUUAGGUAGCACAGUUGAUGGAAGGAUAAGUCUGGCAUAUUAUGAUAGGGUAAUAUCAUUUCUUCGUUUUGCAAUGGCGGUUAUCGAUCGAGAUGGUAAAAUUUUGUGCCCUUGUCGAAAGUGUGUGAAUGUUGUUCGUCAUAAUUUUCAAAUUGUUCAAAUUCAUUUGCUGCAACAUGGGAUUAUUUCAACUUACACUAUCUGGCACGUGCAUGGGGAACCCCGUGAAUCAAAUGAGGCUCAUCAUCAUGAUAUACCCGUUAAGGGCAAUGAGGUUUUGGGAGGUAUUGAUGCCUUAGUGGAAGAUCGAAUAAGAGGGCAAUCAACUAAUACAACCCAGGAGGAGGAGGUUCGCACUUUUGAUAAAUUGUUGAAUGAUGCCAAACGUGAGGUGUACCCAGGUUGCACAAAUUACACUUUGUUACAGUUUGUCAUCGAGAUACUUAAUAUGAAGGUAACAAACCAUUGGAGUAAUAAGUCAGUUGACAUGAUGCUAGAGUUUUUAACAAAACUUUUACCGAAGGAUAAUUUGGUUCCAAAGUCAACUUAUGAAGCUAAAAAAAUACUACGUGAAUUGGGUUUGUCAUACGAGCUCAUUGAUGCUUGUGUAAAUGACUGUGUGCUAUUUUGGAAGGCGAAUGCAACAUUAGAUAAAUGCCCAAAUUGUAAUGCUUCUAGAUACAAGACAAAUCAUGGUAGAGAUAGUGAUGAGUGGAAGGAAUUUGAUUCACAACAUCCUGAAUUCACCUUGGAGCCUCGGAAUGUGAGGCUAGGGUUGGCUACUGAUGGGUUCAACCCUUUUGGAAAUAUGAAUAACUCAUAUAGUUUGUGGCAUAUUGUACUCAUUCCGUACAACUUGCCACCGUGGUUGGCUAUGAAUGAUCCAUUUUUCAUGCUGUCAUUACUUAUUCCUGGUGAAUCACAACCAGGAAUUGAUAUUGAUGUCUACAUGAGACCUUUGGUGGAUGAAUUGAAUGAAUUAUGGAAAAAUGGUACAUUAACCUAUGAUGCCUCGACUGGUGAGACUUUCUGCAUGCGUGCAGCUUUGAUGUGGACGAUACAUGAUUGGCCCGCAUUUGGUGACAUGUCUGGAUGGAGAACAAAGGGUCAUUACUCUUGUUACACUUGCAAUGACGAACCGCGAAAGAGUAGAGCAUAUAAUGGCGAGCAUGAAAAAUGGAAGAGAUCUUUGGUGAUACCGAUAGAAAAGAUUGAAGAACAAUUGGCCAGCGUGACAGGUGUCACAUAUGGAAAACAUCCAAGCAAUAGGAAAAGACCUCGUCAGAACCCAAAUUGGACGAAGGUAAGCAUCUUGUAUGAGCUACCGUAUUGGAAGAAAAAGAGGCUUCGACACAACAUUGAUGUCAUGCACGUGGAGAAGAACUUUAGUGAAAAUGUUGUUGGAACUAUGUUGGGAAUUGAUGGGAAGAACAAGGAUACAGAUAAGGCACGAAUGGAUUUAGAAGAUAUGAAUAUAAGGAAAGAAUUGUGGCUAACGAAAAAUCCCGAUGGAUCGACACUCAAACGAAGUGAAAUGGAGAAAUUAGAGGAACACAUGGUACUCAUACUAUGUAAGUUUGAAAAGAUCUUUCCUCCAGCCUUCUUCGAUGUGAUGGUUCAUUUGGCCAUUCACUUGCCACGUGAGACUAUUCUCGGAGGACCUGUGCAAUAUCGGUGGAUGUACCCGAUUGAAAGGAUUCUCGAAGCUUUAAAAAAGUUUGUCAACAACCGAGCUCGACCAAAAGGUUCUAUUGCAGAGGCUUACAUUGUCAGGGAGUGCAUUACUUUUUUCUCAAUGUAUCUUGAAAGGAUUGAAACUGUGCAAAAUCGAGAUGCACGAAAUGAAGAUUAUGGAGUCCGGCGUCAAGGUUUGACAAUAUGCACUGAAACUGCUCGUCCUAUUGGCCAAAUCAGAAAUCAUGUUGAGAUGUCACAGGAACUUCGUGAUAUUGCUCAUUGGUUCUUAUUAUACAAUAGCCCUGAGAUAGAGAAGUAUCUUCAGGAACACAAGAAUUUGUUACAAAUUUCCACUGGACAAGAUAUAACUCAGAUACAACAGAAGGAAUUUCCGAAGUGGUUCAAAGAAUAUAUAAAUAGAUUGAGAGUUGAUGAAGCACCAGAAGCAACCGAAGAAUUGUGGUCAUUAGCGAAUGGUCCUAAUUUUCUAGUGAAAAAAGUUGAUGAGGCACCAGAAGCAACUGAAGAAUUGUGGUCAUUAGCGAAUGGUCCUAAUUUGCUAGUGAAAGAGUACUCGGGUUGUAUAAUCAAUGGUGUACGAUUCCAUACGAAGGAAUUAGACAAUCGUCGUAAGAGUCAAAAUAGUGCUGUGCUUACCAAAGGGGACUACAAGGGAGAGAUGCACGAAUUCUAUGGUCACUUGUGCAAUAUUUGGGAAUUUGAGUACAUGUGUCAAAAUAAAGUUGUUUUGUUUCAAUGUGAAUGGUACAACACCGGUAACACUGGUAGAAGUAGAACAGUACGAGCUGACACAUAUUGCACAAGCAUCGAUGUCACAAGCCGAUGGUAUCAAUCUGACCCUUUUAUCUUGCCUAGUCAAGCUAAACUAGUGUUCUACCUAAAUGACACCAAAUGGGGGCAACCUUGGCAAGUCGUGCAACAGGUCCAACAUAGGGGCGUGUUUGAUGUACCAGAGGUUGGUAAUGGAGAACCACCGGAUCAACCAGAAUUUAAUGAUGCAUUCCAACAAGAAUACAUUAACUCAGUUGUCCCGAUCAAAAUUGAAGAUAUUAUUCGAUGUCAUAGGGAUGAUAUUGAAGCUGAGGUUAUUCCGAAUAAGACAAAGAGAGAUGGUAGAGAUGACGAAGAAGAUGAAGAACUUGGCAUACUUGAUGAUGAUAUGGAUCCUGAUAUGGAACUUGAUAUGGACUAUGAUAUUUAG